GACGUCGAUUGCAUCGCCUCAAUGCCUUGCUGCUCUGUUUCCAGCAGGACUUUCGAGAUACACCUGCUAUCCUGCUAACCUUGUAAAAGGUGAAAUUCUGUUUCACGAAUAUCAACGGAACAACAUGGCUUGGCUUGGGCUAGGUGUCUUUUAUGGUGGAGUUAUUACGGGUGUUCCGGUGGUGACGGGUGUGGCCGAAGGCGUACAUCAUCAAAAGGAACAAAAUAAAGAAGCCGCCAACCAGACACGAAUGAUCAAAUUCUUCAUGGACUGUUAUUGCGAUAACGAUGAUAUCAACGGAUAUGCUGUAGUGUUGAAGCAUGACAAGGUCUGGCUUGCACCUAAGCAUGAAGAAACUGGGGAACCGCUUCCGCUGAAAAACGCACCUCCACCUCACCCAUUCACAGGAUUUUUCAUCAUGUACCCCGACGAUGACCGAAACCCUCGCGAGCGUGGCCUUGUCAGUACUAUCUCCGUAGAUCCUCCAAUGCUUAACUGGAUAUAUGUUAACAAAGACACUCUGGAGCUUCGGUACGGGAACCGAACACAGUCCAUUCAACACAUUGUCGGGCCAUGGGACUGGACAGAGGAUGAGAGCGGUAUCAUUCUAGAAGGAUGGGAAGGCUGGGUCGCUGUUGAAGAGGAGGAGCGAGAGGAUGGGCUCAAAUGGGCUCUGUACUAUGAUCGGUACGAUGAUGAUUUGGGAAAUGGCCGAAAAGUGAACGGGAGAAGGCGCUUACGCUGCAGUUUGGAUAGAAGAGUAUUGCCAGAGGAAAUGAGGAAGGCACAAGAACUUGCUGCUGAUGAGAAGAUGCAAGUUAAGAGUUCUGGUGACCUGAAGACGAAAUGGGGAUGAAAAAACACGGGAUUCAGCAAAACUAAUGGAACAGCUUCAACCUCCAACUAGGCUAUAUUUCUAGCCUUCACAUCACCUUCAUUCGGUGACUGGGUGAUAGAACCAGAGCGGCAAUACGGAAUCGGGACAGGGCUUUGUUCGAGUGCAGUCUCCCGCGGUGGCAAGAAGCAAUGAGAACACAUUGCUACAGCGACGUCAUUCACCGCGAACACUGUCACAUUACAACAAUCCCGUAUGGAAGCAUUUCAAGCCAUCCUUUGCUACGCGAAUUAUCCUGUGAAACGAUUCCACGGAUCAACACUGUACACAGGUUCUCCUUAUCUCACGGGUAUCAUGCGAGGGCCAUGCUGGCAUCGAACUGUAUGCCGCAUGACCUGCGCAGAAGCAUAUAACCCGUUACUGCGGCUGAGGGCGUUGCUUAUGCCGAACACGAGCCAAAUAAGGUCUAAAAAAUGGCAAUAUCGACUGAUUUUUUUUCAGCUAAUUAUACGUACAAUUUCCUGGAAUGUUUGCAUAAAGAGAAUGUGACAGUUAUGACUUGGGAUACGUAUUGUUAAUGACCACGAAAGCGAUGAAAUAGUCAUUCUCAUUAUUGUUCCUCACCACAUUCUUGACAUACGCCAUUGCUUUGAAAAGUUAGCCUAUGUCUUGACAAGGCUUGUCCUGCAUUGAAAUCUCCAGAGAAGAUAGCUUAGGGUUGGAAAAAAAUAGCAAUGAUUUGCAUUGUGUUGAGAUCGACGAUAUCGACGAUAACUCCAAGACUUCAUUCACAUCGA